AUGGCAAAUAAAGUCGACAACAAUUUUAAAGUGAACCCCGAGAAAGUUCCUCUAGAAACAGAUCAAGGUAUUUUGGAAAGCGAAGAAAGAAAAUGGGGAAUGCCUUUAAAAGAAGUUUACAAACAUGGACUCGCAUUUUACAAAGACAAGGAAGGUAAAGCUAUGCACUUGAGUUAUGAAGAUAAAUUAAAACUUGUGGCUUACACACAACAAACAUCACAUGGACCAUUAGAUAUAAAUUCAGCACCACCCCUUGGAGUUUUGGAUGUUAUUGGUCGGGAUAGAAGAUCAGCUUGGCAAGCUCUAGGACAAAUGUCACAAUUUCAGGCUAUGGCUGGAUUUGUGCACACUUUAGACAGGCUAUGUCCACUAUUCCGACCAUACUUAGAGGCAAUACAAAAGGACUUAGAGGACAAGAAGCAGCAACAAUUAAAAAAACAUGAGGAAGAAAGGGCCCAUUUGGAAUUACAGAAUAGAAUAAUAUUAGAAAAGCAAAAACAACAGAGUACAAAACUCACUGAGGAGCAACAAGUGCAAAGAAUAAAGGAUGCUUUAAAUGCGCAAACAUAUGACCAAUUUCUUGAGUAUGCUCAACAACAGUUUCCUGGUAACUUUGACCAGCAAGCGGUCCUCAUAAGGCAACUACAAGACCAACAUUACCAACAAUAUAUACAACAGCUUGCAGUAGAUAAGAGACUAGCAAAUUCCAAUUUAAAGAAUAAGUUAGACGAUGAUAAAGAAAAUGAAAAUUCCUUAGAAGUGACAACUGAGGACUCUAAUUUAAAUAUUUCUGAUGAAAUAGAAUUUACAGUUAACAAAUCCAUGCAGACAUCAGACAAGACACAGAUAUCAGAGUAUAAUGAAGAAUCCAAAGCUGAAGAAGAAUCUGAAGAUGACGGUUUCCCCGCGGUGGAGGAGGCGAGGAUGUGGACGCGCGGCGACAUAGGUCUGUUCAAAGAGUCGGCACGCGCUGGCGGCGGCCGGCUGACCGUGGGCCAAGGCGAGACCGUCACCGUAAGGGUGCCGACACACCGGCGCGCGCGCUGCCUCUGCUGGGAGUUCGCCACGGACAACUACGACAUAGGAUUUGGUCUUUACUUCGAGUGGAGCAAAUCGCCGACGAGCGAAGUCACAAUCCACGUGUCGGAGAGCGACGAGGAAGACGUUGACGACGAUGGCUACGGAGACGAAGAAUUCACCAUUCAGAACAACACUACUGAUCCGGAAAUCGGUGGCGAGAGACGCGCGCUCAGCCACUCCCGGCCUCUAGUGAGCCUCGUAGUGCCAAUCUAUCGGCGCGACUGUCAUACAGAGGUGUAUGCGGGAUCGCACACCUACCCAGGCGAAGGAGUAUAUCUGUUGAAAUUCGAUAACACAUACAGCCUCUGGCGAUCGAAAACGUUAUAUUACAAGACUGCAAAAAGAAUUGACCUGAAGUCAAAAAGUUCAGAAAUUAAGCGUUUAUUUUCUUUGGCAGCGCCUGAAAAAUGGACUUUAACUGGUGCAAUUGGUUUCUUGAUUGUUUCAUCGAGUGUGACAAUUGCAGUGCCAUUUUCAUUAGGCAAAGUGUUAGACAUAAUUUAUAGCAGUACAAAUGAUCUGGGUGCAGGCCAGAGAAUGACUCAGUCACUUCGCAAGAAAGCAUAUGCAGCGAUACUACGACAGGAACCAGCUUGGUUCCACAAAACGUCGACUGGAGAGCUUGUAAAUCGUCUGUCAGCUGAUACUCAAUUAGUUGGCCGUAAUCUUAGUCAAAAUGUUAGUGAUGGUUUACGUUCAUUAUUAAUGACUGUGGCCGGUUCUGGAAUGAUGUUCUAUAUGUCGCCUUCUCUGGCGACCAUCGGCCUGUGCGUCGUUCCCCCUGUGUCCAUGCUCGCAGUGGUCUACGGACGCUUCGUUCGGAACAUCACGAGACAACUUCAAACCACAUUGGCCGAGACCAGCGAGCUAGCCGAAGAGAAGAUAUCGAACAUAAAAACGGUGAAAGCGUUUAGCAAGGAGCAAAAGGAAUGCGAAUCGUACGCGCAACGGAUCGAGAAUGUUCUAAAGCUUGCUUACAAGGAGUCCUUGGCCGUUGGCAGUUUUUACGGACUGACAGGGCUGGCGGGAAACUCCAUAAUAAUACUGGUGCUGUACUACGGGGGCAGUAUGGUGGCAACGGAACAGCUGACCGUUGGCCAUCUAACCUCGUUCCUCCUUUACGCCGCCUACGUGGGGAUAAGCAUUGGGGGUCUCAGCGGGUUUUACACCGAACUGAACAAGGGGCUGGGCGCCGCUACCAGGCUCUGGGAAAUCAUGGACCGAAGACCAUUGAUCCCCGUGACGGGAGGGCUGAGGCCCGAUACGAGGCCGAAGGGCGAGGUGGUCUUGGAGGGGGUGACCUUCUCGUACCAGGGCGCACCCUUGAUCAAGGGGAUGGACCUGAGACUCACCCCCGGGAAGUCGAUAGCGCUCGUCGGCCGCUCAGGGUGCGGCAAAAGCACGAUAGCCUCGCUAAUAAUGAGGCUUUACGACCCGGAGAGGGGUCGAAUACUCCUGGACGGUGUCGACAUCCGCGAAUUGGAUCCCGCGUGGCUGCGCAGCCACAUUGGUUUCGUCAGUCAGGAACCUGUUCUAUUUAGCGGAUCAAUAAAAGAUAACAUAUUGUAUGGUGCCAUUGACGACCACGAGGAGAUGAUAGAAAAUGACGGCAAGGUGGAGCCGGCGUGGCUGGUGGCGGCGCGCACCGCGCAGCUGCAGGAGGUGGGCGCGGCGCGCGACGGCUGGCUGCGCGAGGUGGGCGCCGGCGGCUCGCAGCUCAGCGGCGGCCAGAAGCAGCGGGUGGCGAUCGCGCGCGCCGUCGUCAAGAACCCCAAGAUCCUGAUACUGGACGAGGCGACCUCCGCGCUCGACUCGCACUCCGAGUACCUAGUGGACAAGGCGCUGAAGGACAUCAGCAGGGACCGCACCGUGCUCACCAUAGCGCACCGCCUCAGCACCAUACAGUCGGCCGACGAGGUGGCCGUGAUCGACGACGGCCGCGUGGUCGAGCGCGGCCCCUACUCGGAGCUGAUGGCGCGCGAGGGCGGCGUCUUCCGCGAGCUCAUCACCCACCAGGCUUUCGCGGCGAACAAACGCGAGAUGCAACACAACGGCCAA